AAAAUUGAUGUUUACAAACACGUAGAAGAUUUUGCAUCUCAUAAUUCGUGUAACUAUUUGAAAUGUUUUAAUUUGUUGCCGAAAACUAGAUUUAAAUAUGUAUACAUUGUUAUCAGGUCUAUGGAAAUAUUUGUUUCAAAAAGAACAGUAUUUUGUCUUGAUCCUUGGUUUAGACAAUGCUGGUAAAACUACAUAUUUAGAACAAACCAAAACUAAGUUUAACAAGAAUUAUAAAGGAAUGAACAUAAGUAAAAUAACAAGUACUGUUGGCCUUAAUAUUGGUAAGAUAGAUAUUGGUAAUAUGAGAUUAAAUUUCUGGGAUUUAGGAGGCCAAGAAGAAUUACAAUCCUUAUGGGAUAAGUACUAUGCUGAAUCCCAUGCUGUUAUCUAUAUAGUAGACACAUCUGAUAAAGAAAGAUUAGAUGAAUCUAAAAUAGCUUUCGAUAGAAUGUUAAAGAAUGACUCAUUAAAUGGUGUUCCACUGCUGUUAGUAGGCAAUAAACAAGAUUUAGAUGGGUGUAUUACAAUUGGUACCAUGAAAGAAUUAUUUACUCCAGUUAAAGAUUUACUCGGUUCCAGAGAUUCACAUAUUUUAGGCGCCUCAGCAUUAAAAGGAGACGGUGUAAUGGAAGGUAUAGAAUGGAUUGUAGAAGGAAUAAAACGAAACAGUAUGGAUAGACCACCGACACAGAAAGAUAUAACUUGAUACCACCUAGUAUAUACAGUAUACUGUUAAUUUAUUGGGACCAGUGACUCGGGGCUAUAUCUACAUUGGAUAUUAAUUUAUGAAUAUGGACAUGCUUCUUACCAGUUUAUAAGGAGACCUUUUUUAGAUUUUGGAAGUUAUUUGAAAUAUAAGAAUUAUGGAAACGUGAAAAAUAAGUUUUGAUUUAAAAACUUGUGAAAUUUCUGCUUGCACUCAUGGAUUAAUGGUGGUUAUUUGCAGAUUUUCAUGUGCAUUGGCUUGUUGAAAUCUGUCAGAAAAUUGGAAUGGUGGCAAUUAAUGUUACCAUUGUCCCAACUGCCGAAUUUUAGAAAACUUCUUUACAAUCUUUUAAGAUAUACUCAAACUGAGUUAUGCUAUAGCAAGGUUUUCAAAUUAAAUGUACAAUUGAAAAGAAUAUCAGAAUUUUCCUUUGAAUUUAAUCAUGCCAUGCAGAUAAUUAUUUAAAAAAUUGAAUAUUUAAUUUUGUCCUUUUUAUUCUUGUCAGUCUUCAGUUUAGAAGUCAUUUUUACUUUUGCAUAUUUUUCCAGAAGAGUAUUGUAUAAAAUUUGUAAAUAUACAAAAAUAAAGUGGAUUGAAAGGGU